ACGUAAGGCCCAGGGAUGCAGGCGUGGGGAUGAAUGAGUUGAGGAGUACGUGGCGGAUGGUGUGUGAGGGACAGUAGGUUGAGGACCAGGCUGUUAUGGGUUUUUAACAAGUGAAUGUAUCCCUUGGGACUCAUGAAUGGUACUUCUGGUAAUUUAGCCUAAUUUGUAAUAGGGUAAAGUCGUCUACGAACUUUGAGGUGCCUCAGCAACUCGAACUGAGAAGUUCUGUCACAAAUCACAGUAGCUGAGUUUUUUUGGUUAAUUGCAGAAGGCUCUGUAACCGGUUAGUCAGAUAAGCUGUAGCCAAAACGUUGUCUCUGUCUUACUUCUCUGUCUUACAUCCUUUUGGGGAGGCAGAGGGUUUCUUGUUGUUGCUGUUACUGUUUUGUUUUGGUCUAGUUUGGUCUUGUUGAGAUUGGGUAUCGUUUUGCUUGCCUGUGCUAGCCUGAAACUCACUGUCCAGACUGACCUUGGACUCGAGGCAGUGUGUGUUGCCCCAGCGUUUGUGCACUUGCUUUGGGACAUGGUUGAAAGUCAUAGGAUAACUUCUGUGAAUUGGUUCUCUCCUGCCGCUCUGUGGGAUCCAGGGAUUGAACUCAGAUAGCCUUUAUCAGAAAGGAUGGAGUUGGGAAAUGGAAAACUCCUUAGGACCGGACUGAACUCAUUGAAUCAGGCUGUGCAUCCAACCCACGGCCUGGCCUGGACUGAUGGCAGACGGGUAGUCUUGACUGAUUUACAGCUUCGUAAAGGAGAGGCCAAGUUUGGGGACUCCCAAGUCAUUGGGAAAUUUGAAUAUGUCUGUGGGGUUUCCUGGGCUCCACUCAGCACAGCUCACAUACCCACUCUGCUUGCCAUCCAGCAUAAGAAGCAUGUUGCUGUGUGGCAACUGUGUCCCAGCAUUUCGGGAUCCAGCAAAUGGCUGCUGUCUCAGACCUCUGAAAUCAGAGAGUCACUCCCUAUCCUGCCUCAGGGCUGUGUGUGGCACCCAAAAGAUGCCAUCCUUACUGUGUUGACGGCACAGGAUGCUUCCAUUUUUCCUAAUGUUCACCGAGAUGGUUCCAGAGUAAAAGUAGACAUCAAUACCAAGGGCCGAAUUUACUGUGCAUGUUGGAGCCUGGAUGGCCAGAGGCUGGUACUGGCCAUAGACAGCAGCCUUCAUUCGUAUAUGUGGGACAGUUCUCACAAGUCUCUUCUCAGCUGCUCCUUCUGCCCAGUGUUUCAAGUGAACCGCUCUAUCCGCUCCAUCACAGCCACUGUGGACUCACAUGUCGCCAUAACCACUGAGCUCCCACUCCAUAAGCUUUGCAGCUUAAAUGCAUCGGAAGCCUUUGAUGAUCCAACUAAUGGGAACCAUGCUGGUGUAGGAACUCUUCCUGGGGGUGAAACGCCCCCUGGAGAACUGAAUUCUGGAGUGACGGUUUCUCCCUCUUCAGAUCCUCUGGAUCUGACUCACAUACAUUUCAACCAAUGUCAAGCCAGGGAGGGCUCUCUUAUCUGUGUAAGUAAAAAGGACUACUUGACAGGAACUGGUCAGGAUUCUUCACAUUUGGUCCUGGUAACCUUUAAGAAAGCAAUCACCAUGACAAAAAAGGUCGCCAUUCCGGGGAUUCUGGUUCCUGAUUUAAUAGCAUUUAACCUGAAAGCACAGCUAGUGGCCGUGGCUUCCAAUACGUGUAACAUCAUUCUUAUCUAUUCAGUCCUUCCGUCUUCUAUGCCAAACAUUCAGCAAAUUCAGUUAGAGAGUAACGAAAGACCAAAAGGCAUAUGUUUCUUGACAGACAAAUUAUUAUUAAUUUCUGUAGGGAAACCAAAGCCCACCGAGACAGCAUUCCUUCCUUCCUCAGAGUCUGAUCAGUACUCUGUUCGCCUGGUAUUUAGAGAAAUAACGUUGGCAAGAGAAACUUCUGGAAUGCCUACUGAAAGUCAGGGUGCUUACUCUGCCUUCAACGUCCUGUUGAAUAGAGCAAACAGAGAAAAGUUCCUUGAGAGCCUUUCCCCAGGGUGGAGUCCCCUGAGCCAAGGAUUCUUGCUAACAGAUGACGCCAGUACUCUGAGUGGGAGGUCCAGAAGAGCCCUUAUUCAAGAGAUUAGAAGUCCCUUGUCCCCUCCAUCCAGUGCCUCCAUUGUACAGGAAACCCCUCACGGGCCCUCCUGGCUUCAGCCAGCAUUACCUACACCUAGCGGGACACCAGACCACACCAGCACCCCAGAACCGAAUUUACUCCAAAGGGAGAACUCACAACAAGAAAAGGAAACUUGCCCACUCUCCAGGGAGCUGGACAUCUUAUCCAGGCACCUGGUUGGGAUACAUGAGUGUCUUCUUGAACUCAGGGAUUUUCUAUUCAAGGAGAAGCGGUGCUCCCCAAUGUAUCCACUCUCUCAGGAUCCCUCCUUUGUUCACCUCAUUUACCAGAAACCUCCUUCUGUGGGUCCUGAGGAAAAAAGAGCCGUGCUUCUUUGUGAUGGCAAACUAAGGCUCAGCACAGUUCAGCAGAUGUUUGGCCUCUACCUCGUCGAAAUGCUUCUCGCUUCCCACUGGAUACUCCUCUCCGCCGAUAGUCAAGGUUUCAUCCCAUUAACUUUCACAGCCUCCCAGACUGUAGUGGUAAGAGACGGCAGCCUGUCCAAGCCAGAGGUGGCUAGGGACUCUGUUUCUCACCAUCCGGAUCCCAUUCCUCCACCUGGAGUCAUUGAAGACCUUGCCACCCAGAGUGUAGAUACAGCUGGUGGUUUCAACAUCAUGACCUGAUGGCUGUUUUGCAGAGAGCAUGCUCCAACAACUUCCCUGUGGCUGUGUGCUGCUGGGCAGCAGGGCAAGUGGUUGCUUGUGUAUUCAUGACUGUAUCAUGUGGAGGAUAGAAUUCCAAGAACAAAACAAUACUGUGUUGCCAUGUGGAUUGUACUUUGUGAUUUCUCCAAGGCCUUGCUUUCUUCAGCCAGAAGCUGUGUUAAAACGCUGCCUUAGAGUGUGUCACAGGCUACAUUGGCAUAGUGGUUGGCCUUUUUCCUGCUUUAAAGAUGCAGGUGAAGAGGGCGGCUGGGUAGCCUGUGCCUUUUCAUCUAUUCCCCGGGCAGCAGGAAACCGGUGCAAAGGAACUCUGAUACCUCUCUUCACCCUUAGGACUGCCUGGAUCAGGAGGAAGUUCAGAGGAUGGCCUCUCUCCCCAGAUUUAAAACCACCCCUUGUGAUUCCAAAAAUAAUUCUACCUGACUGAAAUCCAGAUACUGCAAAAAAAGUGCUCUCAGCAAAUUUUAAAUAAAAUUUCAAGAUUUGACCACC